AAGUUCAACAUUGUGCAAUAGAAGAGGAAUAAGAAGAAGAAAAAUAAGAAGAAGAAGAAGAAGAAGAAUUGAUUUGUGACUUCAUUAAAUACAGAAGCAAGCUUUCAAUCUAAUUUGGAAAUAAUCACUUAAAAAAACACGUCAAAAUGUCUAUAAACAUACGGUGUGCAAACACGGAUGAUCUAUUGAAUAUACAACAUUGUAAUUUACAAUGCUUACCAGAAAAUUAUCAAAUGAAAUAUUAUCUUUAUCAUGCAUUAUCUUGGCCACAAUUGAGUUACGUAGCAGAGGAUGAAAAAGGAAGAAUAGUCGGAUAUGUUCUUGCCAAGAUGGAAGAGGAUUGUGAAGAUAAUCCACAUGGACACAUUACAAGUUUAGCUGUGAAACGAUCUCACAGAAGGCUUGGUAUUGCACAAAAACUUAUGAAUCAGGCUUCCAGAGCAAUGGUUGAGUGCUUUGGUGCUAAUUAUGUAUCCCUACAUGUACGUAGAAGCAAUCGUGCUGCUUUAAAUCUUUACAUAAGCAGUUUAAAUUUUGAAAUAUCCGAAGUAGAACCAAAAUAUUAUGCUGACGGUGAAGAUGCUUAUGCCAUGAAACGUGAUCUUAAAUUUUUCCAUUUAGAGAAAGAAAGUGAAUUUAAUGAUACUUAUAUGGACAUACAUCCAGGUAGAUGCUGCGAUCAUUCAUAGUUGGAUUGGAAUAUUUAUACACGCUUGUAUAUAAAUUGAUCAUUGAACAUAUUGCUGGUGUACUAUUACAUUUAACAUCAUGCCAUAGUUUUUUGUGUUAUUUUUGAUCAAGAAUCACACACACACACAUGCACACACAUACACAUGAAAUUAAAAUGAAAAUAAUGUUGAAUGAUUUAUUCUAAUCGACUGAAUGUUUCGCGUGCGUCAUUGACAAAAUUUAAAAACAUAAAGAAAAAACAAAAAUAUGUAAAAUGUCGUUGGAAAUGUUUUAUAUAUUAUCAUGAAGAAUAAUCUGUUAGUGAUUUAAAAAAAAAAAGUGGUAAUUGAAGAAGGAGUUAUUCUCAAAUUGAUUCUACAUUCUAUGGUGCAUACUUGAUUGAUAUAGUUUGUAACAGAAAACAAAACAAAAAAAAAAUAUUGCCUCUGUAAUUACAUUUAAAUACAAUGUACUUGAAACAUGUAAUUUUGAAUAUGCAAAUUAUCUCAGGAAAUAUAAAUUUUCUCUUUAAAUGUUA